CUUGGAACAAGAUCGAAGUGGAACGCGUUUGUGAGAUACAUGUAAUUAUGUGCUUAUAGUAUUUUACAAAACGAUAAUAAUAUCAAUAUUAAUAUUACUAUAAUGGCAGAGAAAACGAAAACGAUGAGUCACGUGAAACAUAUUCCAAAAGAUGCUCAGGUCAUAAUGUCUAUAAUGAAAGACAUGGGAAUAACUGAUUACGAACCGAAGGUUAUAAAUCAGUUACUUGAAUUUACGUACCGUUAUGUUACUUGUAUAUUAGAUGACAGUAGAAUUUAUGCAAACCAUGCGAAAAAGAAGUUCAUUGAUCUGGAUGAUGUUAGACUGGCGGUUAAAAUGCAAUUAGAACGCACAUUCACGAAUCCGCCACCAAGAGAUGUAUUGUUGGAUGUUGCUCGUGCUAAAAAUAAUAUACCAUUACCAUUUGUGAAACCUAGUAAUGGUUUAAGAUUACCACCUGAUAGAUAUUGCUUAAAUGCAACAAAUUACAAACUGAGAAAUGCACCUAAAAAAGGAGUUGGUAAACAAUUGCAUUCGUUAGUUGGAAAUAAUGUUCAAGGUAGUCAAUCGAAGAUCAAAGUGGAAGGAAAUAAAACUGGUCUUUCUAUUGUUAAAAGGCCAGGCACACUGGCCACUGUUGCUAGAACCCAAACAAUUUCGAUACCAAAGCCAGUUUUGAAAUUUUCGACAGCCUCAACAGGACCAGCCACGGUAAAAGCUCAAGUUGCAAAACCAAAAAUACAGAUCUCGUCUGGGCAGACAAUGCCUCCCGUCAAGAUGGAGAUGGAGGACUCUAUGAAACGAAAGAGAGAAGACGACGAUUAUGACAUUCCAUAAUGAUAAAUAGUAAAUAUAGAAUAAACUCUGAUUUUACGUUUCUAUCGUAUGGGAUAAUGUUAAUUAGACUGUGACAGUGACAAUUUUAAUUUAUACGACGUAACAAAAUAUUCAAUCAGUUUAAAUCUUCCCAUGACCAAUGCUAUUUUCGAUGGAGUUGCAUAUUUUUAAUUAGAACAGUCAAUAUUAAGGAGAAUUAUAUCAUGAACAUAAUUCCGUAUACCGUAAUAAACAAGAAAUUAUUUUCACUACUACUUUUAUAAAUCUUCCGACAAAUUACCGAAAAUACUCUGUUUUCAACUAUCAUCGUCUUUCGAAUAGAUAGGUUCGAUGAAAUGAGUUCACGUAAAAAUAAAUAUUUUAUUAAGUAACA